AUGAAUUCUAAGAAACGACGACAAAGAAGACAUAACAAAAAACGUAAACCAAAAGUAACCAAGGAAUAUUUAGAAACGGAAUCAGAAAUUUCGAAUCUUUUACAAAAAUCUCAAAUAGUUUCACUUGAAGAAAGUGAUAUAAAUUCAGCAGCAGAAAUUGAGUUUUUUACGGCAAAAAAUGAAAAAAAUGAAGAAUUAACUACUCAUUCCUUAGAGAAUAUCCGAGAAAGUGGAAAACGGUUAUCAAUAGAUUCAGAUGAUCCUAAAGAAAAGCUGGAAAUAGAAACGGAUGUACAAUCAAGAGCGGUAGUACAUCCGGUAUCUUCAUUUAUUCAAAUUGAUGAUCUAAGUCCUGUACGAAAAAUUUCAAAAGAGAAAAUAGUAUUUACGGACGAUCUAGUAUAUUAUCCUCGAGCAGAUGUUAAAACAACAAAUAUAAAAAUUCUUGACCAAGUUGAAAGUUUUGGCGAAGAUGGUGUACAUCACGAGACUGUUACUAUUGAGAAAGACCAAAAUUUAAUUCGAAUGGUUAACAGAUUUAAUGAAGAAGGAAAAUUUAAUUUGAUAUCAUUAAGAAAAUCAAAAAAAGGAACAGACGAUAUUCGAAAAUUUCCAGUAUUAAGGAAACCUGAUGCAAAUGAAUUAAGCAUUGAAGUUGAAAAUAAUUUAAAAGCAUGCACAAGGCGAAUUGGUGAACCUAAAAUAAAAUUAUUUAAAACAAAAUUAGAAGAUCAAUUCGUUGGAGUAACGAAACAUUUUCACUUAAAUUCUGAUUUUUUAAUUGAAAUCAAUCAAUCUUUUGGUGUUUAUUUGGAAAAAAAUAUACCAAAAACUAUAAAAAUUGAGAUUUUUGAAAAGAACAAACUAUCAUCACCGGAAAAACUUUGCAAAUGUUACAUUCCAUUGCAAUUAACGGUAGACUAUAGUGUGGGACAACAAGAAACUGUAGAAUUUUCCUCAAUCAGUAAAACUGAGAAAAUUUCAGGCACUUUAAAAGUUACAAUAUAUUGUGAAAAUCACUUGAAUCCGAUCGAUGUGAAUACUGAAAAGUCUGUUGUGAGAACUAAUUCAAAAUUGAAGAUUUCCAAAGAAGUUCUUAAAUCAUGGUAUGAAAAUAAUUUGAUUAAUCCUUUAGAUCCGGAAUGUGUAUCUCUGUACAAUAACAUAUCCGAAAAAUACAUUGAAGACCAAGAAGUUAAAGAAUCGAGUGCUAUUGAAGACAAUGAAAAUUUUCAUUUCAAUGAAGAUUUAUUGGCGUUUUGUUCAAGAGCUGAAAUCGAUGAUAAUCCACGCUUUAAUAUGUUAAAAGCACGAUAUUAUAAAGAUAUGAAAUAUAAAAAUUUUAAAUUAAUACCAUUAUAUGAAAAUGAGAUUGAAGAAAUCGAUAACGAAGUUAAAGUGUUGGACGAAGGUAAUUGGAUGGAUGCAAUCGAUUUACGAAAAUACAAAGGAAGAAAAUAUAUACAAAAAUUAUAUGAAACUGUACUCAAUCAUUGCGCACAGUUAAAAAUUGAUGAAGGCAAUUCUAAUUUAUUGAUUGGUGACGAACCCCCGACAUGGCGCUCCAUUAUAAAUUCAAUUAGGAGUAUUUUUGGACCAAGUAGACCAUUAAAUCCAACUAAAACUAUCCAAUCGAUAUCACCACUCAGUUCUCGUUUAGAAAAUUUUAAUAUUGUACUUAAUAUAGUACGCGCAACAGGUAUUCCAAUAAGAGAUACUGAUCCAGAAUCCGUAAGAAGAAGUGUAAGUUUAUCUUCAGAGACAGAAAAACAAUCACUUAAAUAUGAAAAUGUUAAACCAUAUGUUUCCAUAAGCUAUAAAGAUAAAAUGGUUCGAACAAUGACUGCUGAAGGUUCAAAUCCUACUUGGAACGAACAACUUAUACUUCAAAUAAAUGAAAAUAAGGAGAGUUUAAAAGAGGACCUUGUAAUUCAAAUAUUUGAUGAAUAUAUGCAAGAUUUAAUCCAUGAAGAAAAUAUAAGACCUAUGGAAGUUUACCAAAUAGUUCAUACGAACUGGUUAGGAGAAUACCGAAUUCCAAUAAAAACAAUCUUUGACAGACAAAACAUUGAAGGAAGUUUUGAAGUAAAUAUACCUAAGUUACUAAUUGGAUAUUCUAAGCCUGUAAUUGAUAUAAAUCAGGAUGGUGAUGAAAUUCUAAAUGUUGACUUAUUGGAAAUUCGAGAUUCAGUUUACAUUUGGUUGUACAUUAAUGUAGAACCUAAAUUCGAUGUACAAGUAGUUGACAAAACCCCUUUGGAAUGUUCAGAACUAAGAGAAAUUAAAAUGCAAAUUGAAGAAUGGUGCAUACAAAUCAAAGACUUAGUUCCUUUAAGAUUUUUAAAUCCUUUGAUUUGCACUGAGUCUGGAAAACGGAUAUGUAUGACAAGACUAUUAGAAUGUGUGCCUUUACCUGUUGAUACUCAAUUUGAAAAUAUAGAGAACUUGAUACGCCAUUAUGUAUCCUUAAUUCCAAUUCUAAAAAAUGAAACGGAUUGUAUGGGUUUAGAAGGGGUAUGGUUAAGUAAUCAAACUAUUUUAGAUACUACAUGGGCAUCUCCAAAAGAUUUGGGCGUCCUUUUGGCAUGCUACUAUAUGACAAUAGGAAUAAGAUGCUGGUUAGCGUUAGGAAUAAGCUGCCCAAAUGGCGAAACUGCUUAUAUAUUGACGCAAGAAAAUUCAAAUUUCAUUUUAACUGAUUCAAGCACCGGAAAACGAUAUAAUAGCAAAGAUGUUCAAUGCCCUCUCAAUAAGGUUUACUAUUUAGUUGGUCAGGAAAAUAUUUACUGCAAUUUACAAAAAGCAGAACGGGUUUCGAUGACUGACUUUAACACAAAUGACAAUUCACUUUGGCUUCCGCUGUUCACAAAAAGUAAUCCAGCUCCAAUUGGUGGUUUUCAUAGCUUGAAUUACAAAUAUAGUAACUCGUACAACAUUUUCGAAUUGCGUAAAAAUAUAGAAAGAAAAAUUAUGAAAAAAAUCAGUUCAUGGCGUUCUACUAGAAAAACUAUUUGGAAUAGAGCUUAUACUGAGAUUAUGAAUGACAUUUUAUUGACCUUGGAACAAGAUACAAUUUUAGAAAAUACUUCGGAAUAUUGUAUUGAAAAAUUAACAAAAGAAAUUACGAACUACAAAAUUUUUGGAUUUACAUUAAACUUUCCGUACAUUAAUUUAACAACAAUAUCCAAGCAGAUUCGUGGCACAGCAAUACACACAAGAGUAGAUAAAGACAUCGAAUACGCACUUUCAGUUUACGUACAACAAUACCCAAACACCAUACUUUCAUGUUGGAUAUUUUUAAUAACAUUAACCCCUUCCACUUAA